CCAAGGAAACGGCCAUGGGGGUCCAUAAGACCCCGUCUGAGGUUUCUCCAUGUUUGCCAGCCCCACAGACAGUGCAGCUUCUCUGCACUGCAGCUUGCAGACUGCUUUUGCUCCUAGGUUUUGCUGCCUUUUGACUUUGGGGGCUACGGGGCAGUGGGAAGGGGCCACCAUGUGCUGCAGAAGCUCCUGGUGCAGUUGCUGUCGAGGCGUGUGGCAGCUCUGGCUGGUUUCCCUGGCCAGUUUCCUUGGUCAGAUCCAGGUUGGCGAGACCUGCCACCGUGAAAUUCACUCAUCAAAAGCUUUUUACUCCUCCGGAGACACUGGUCAUGGGGUUUUUAAGGAGGUGCCGGCUGGGCCAGCCCGUUUGGGUGUGCUGUGCCGGCUGGCUGCCGGUGGGAGGCUGAUGCUGACAGAGUCAUGCUCACACAGCUUCCGUCGUGACCCAGUAAACCCAGUCAGACCUGACCGGGGCUCACUCGCUCCCCUGCGCGCUCACCCACGCCGGCACGCCUCCGCCGCCCCGCUGCUUUCCUGGUGUUCCCAAGGGACCAGCAAACCCACCCCACUGGUGAGAGAUGGUGCCUGGGUCUGGCUCCAUGCUGGGAGCUGCGGCUGAAUCCUGUAGAAGUACCGAUAGCCAGCCGUAGGAGGGUGACCUUUUGCCUCCAUGGAUGUUACAUGCUGCGACUAGAGUGGCUGGUUCCAGGCUUCAGCCCUCUCCAGGCUGUGUCCUGCUUCCACCAUCCUCCUUCAGUGUCGCCAGCUGGGGUGAGAGCUGAGGUCGGAUUUGAGGUCCUAUGUCGGCCCCCACUGUUCUGGGAAGAGGGUUUGGUGGCCAGCCCUGUCCCAGGGAGCUGGAGAGCCUGUCCCGAGGAUCAGCUGUGCCAACCUGCUGGCAGUGGCUGGGGCAGCUGCCCUUGCCACAAGAGCAGGAAGAUGAAUGGAGAUACGGCACAUGUCAUGACGACUCUUGUCAUGGCGGUGGUGGCAGCGAUGGGAUACCCAUCACGGCGGUCUGCCACCGACCUGGAUGCCACUCCCAGGACAACAGUCACCUUUGAUGAGCUGUCGGGCGUCCGGCGCUUCAACGCACACACCCUCAACUACAGCACCCUGCUGCUGGAGGACGACCGGGGCAUCCUCUAUGUGGGCGCCAGGGGAGCCAUCUUCGCCCUCAACUCCAGUGACGUGGCCGACGGCUCCCACCGCACGAUCCACUGGGAAGCCUCCCCAGAGAAGCAGAUGGACUGCCAGCAGAAGGGCAAAAACAACAAGACCGAGUGCUUCAACCACGUGCGGUUUCUGCAGCGUCUGAACAGCACCCACCUCUACGCCUGUGGGACCUACGCCUUCCACCCGCUCUGUGCUGCCAUCGAUGCCAACAGGUUCAUGUUGCCGUCCCACUUUGAGGAAGGCAAGGAGAAGUGCCCAUAUGACCCUGCCCGUGGCUACACCGGCCUCAUUGUGGAUGGCGGCUUGUACACGGCCACACGCUACGAGUUUCGGAGCCUCCCUGACAUUCGGAGGAACCUGCACCAGCGACCGCUGAAGACAGAGGAGUCCCCACUGCACUGGCUAAAUGAUGCCGAGUUCGUGGCAUCUGUGCUGGUCCGGGAGAGCAGGGACAGCCCUGUAGGUGAUGAUGACAAAAUCUACUACUUCUUCACGGAGAGGGCGGGAGAGGAGACCACAUCCUUCUUUGACAAGAGUCAUGUGGCCCGAGUGGCUCGAGUUGCCCGUGUCUGCAAGAGUGAUGUGGGGGGGAAGAAGAUCCUUCAGCGCAAGUGGACGUCCUUCAUGAAGGCGCGCCUGGUCUGCUACAUCCCCUACUACGAGGUGCUGCGCAGCGUCUGCAGCCUGGACGGAGGUGGCUGGGCCAGCACUGUCUUCUAUGCUGCCUUCACGCUCUCAGCACAGUGGAGGACCAUGGAGGCCUCGGCUGUGUGCCGCUACAGCAUCUCGGCAGUGCAGCGUGCCUUUGAGGGCCCCUACAUGGAGUACCAGGACUCGACUCGCAAGUGGGCCCGCUAUGAUGGUGCAGUGCCCGAGCCCCGGCCCGGCUCUUGCAUCACGGACCACUCCCGCAGGAAGGGCUACAACUCCUCGCAGGACUUGCCCAACAGCGUCCUGGACUUUGUCAAGCUGCACCCGCUCAUGUUUGAGGAGGUGAAGCCGGCUGGUGGGGAGCCGCUCCUGGUGAAGAAGAGCGUGGCGUACAGCCGGCUGGCCGUGGACAGAGUGCAGGCCCUGGACAGCCACUCCUACGAUGUACUCUUCAUGGGGACAGGAGACGGCUGGCUUCACAAGGCUGUGGUGGUGGGCUCUGGCAUCCACAUCGUGGAGGAGGUGCAGGUGUUUAGGGACCUGCAGCCCGUGGAGAGCCUGGUGAUCUCUCACGCCCAGAGAAGCCUGUAUGUGGGGGCAGCCAGUGGGAUCGUGCAGGUGCCCCUGGCCACCUGUGCCAGGUACACCUCCUGCUAUGACUGCAUCCUCGCCCGAGACCCCUACUGUGCCUGGGAUGGCAGGGCCUGCCGUGCCACCGCCACCACGGACAGCACAGGGCUGGUGCAGGACAUUCAGAGCGGCAACAAGGGAUGCCGGAGCAUCUCCGGGCGAGGCUCCCUGCCAUGGAAGAACCGGACAGUGCUGCAGGGAGACGAUGUGCUGCUGCCCUGUGACCAGCGCUCCAACCUGGCCCGAGCCGUGUGGCUGCUGAACGGCAGUGAGGUGCUGGGCAUGGGGCAGGACCGGCUGCGCGUGGGGGUGGAUGGACUGCUGGUGACAGACACGCUGCCUCAGCACAGUGGCGAGUACCGCUGCUAUGGGGAGGAGCGGGGUCUCCAGACACUGCUGGCUGCCUACAGCCUCACUGUGCUGCCCGAGAUACCCCGCAGCCCCACGGCUGCCACCCCACCCCAUGCUGCCAGCCAGGCAGCCAACGACAUGAAGGUGGCUUACAUCUCUGCCAUUGUCACCUUGGUGGUGCUCUGCGCCGUGCUCAGCACCGUCCUCCUCUACAUGUCCUGCCUGGAGAAGCGCAAGGGCAAGUACGUGCUGGGGGAGCCACGGCCAUCCAGCGUGGAGCUGCAGACCGUCUCAGCCAACUGCCUGCGCAAGGGCCACCGGGAGGAGGAGGAGGAGGAGGAAGAGCUCACCUACCCUGAUGGCUGCCUGCGGAUCAUCCCUGGUGAGGCGCCCACGGCUGCCACUUCCCCCAUCAAGGAGCUGCCGGUUGCUGUGCCCCCGCUGCCGCCCCCGCUGCCAGCUGAGCUCACCAACGGCAUGGGGGCUCUGCCCAACGUCCUCCGCAAGAUGAAUGGCAACAGCUACAUGCUGCUACAGCAGCAGGAGGAGCCUCUGGUCUCCCCACUCUACAGCGCAUCCUUCACUGAGGAGCUCAGCAAGAUUCUGGAGAAGCGGAAACACACGCAGCUGGUGGAGAAGCUGGACGAGAGCUCCGUGUAGGGGCCGGGGAGGGGGGUUCUGCCAGCGGGACCCUCCUCCCCUUCAGCCCCUUCUCCCACCCCUUUGCCAGCAGUGUUACAAGACUCAGGCGAAACUACCUCCUGGAUGGCAGAGCCGGGCCGGGCCCGGGCUCAGCCGUUCCUUUGGCUUUUACUCACUUUUGAGACUUGCUGUACAGAAAAAAAAAAAAGAAGCAUCUAUUUAAAUUUAGAAGCUCUAUUUAUGUAUAAAAACCCA